CUGUACAGCGGUAUUUAUUGCGCUGCUCCUCUCUUCUUCUUUAUAUUCAUAUUUGCUGAUCUGAUAUCCUCAAAACGGAGCGCAAUGCACGUGGACCUGGCCCUGGUCAAGCAGGAAAUUGACAUCGAGGACACCAGGGUCAAGUUGGAGCCGCAGGACGACUUGCCGGAUGCUGCGAUCGAAGUUUUGAGCGCACGCGAUACGUUGAAGAUCCUGGAAGAGGGUCCCAAAAUGAUAACCGUGCCGAUUAGGGACCGUUUGGAGUCGGAGGACGAGCGGAAGUUUAUCGCCAGCCUUGGACUCGAUCGGCAACAGAUAUUUGCGGUUUCAUCGGAGGACAACCCAACCCCAAAAGAGUGCAACAUAUGCCAUUACGUCUUGGAAAGUCGCCUGCAUUUCUCAGGGCACCAAGUCAACCAUGAAAUGAACCGGCAUUUCUGCCGGCUGGGCUGUGGCAUCUGGCUGGAUUCGCUGGAACAGAUCCUCGAGCACGAAUAUCGCCAGCACCCACAGCCAGGACAUGUUUUUUGUUGCAGGAUUUGCGAUUUCUUGGCCAAAGACGCGGACUGCCUGGCCAGCCAUAUGCAGCGUCACAUAUACGUAUAUCGUUAUGUUUGUGCCAUUUGUCGUCGCCAUUUCGAGUCCAGCCAGAGCCUCAGUCUACAUAGGAAGCAAGGCCAGUACGUCUGCGGUCGGGUGCGCUACAUGCAGGGUCUGUCCACCAAGCCGGAACUUGUGGCAGUUAGUACGCCAGUCUCUGCAGAAUCGGUGUGCGAUGUGCAGAUUAAGGAGGAGCCUCUCUACGCUGAGGAAGGAGAACAAAUGCUAUUGGAAGACAAUCCUCCAGUCAGCGUUAAAGUGGAACCACAGGACGAGGGAAUGCCAGAAGUUAGCAUAAAGGAGGAGCUCACGGAGCGUUCCAAAAAUAAUAAUACUAUCUGGUCAAGCAUACCCAUUCCGCUGAGGAGCAAACUGCGCUUGCCUGCUUUAAGCAACACCAAAGUGCAGGUGGAUUUAAAAACUCUUAAAUGGAAUGGUCUAGGCACCUCAACUGUCGCUACCCAAAACAAGGCAACCGCAGAUCAUUUAAUUCCCCAAAUUCCUAACCACCUCACUGUGCCACAGAGAAAGCCCCCGAUUGCAGCCAAUAUACUAAAAGUAUUGCCCAGCAACUGCAUGGUAAUUAAAUUGCCGGCCAACACAAAAAUCUUUAAGAUGCCCGGCCAAUCUACGGCUGCCUCGAAAGAGUCCCUUACAGUUAGUCUGAGUGACAUGGAAAAGAAUGCCAUUAAAAUUCCACAGGCGAUAAGUAUAAGCAAAGUGAAUUCUGUGAAUAAUCCUGCAACAGCUGUAACUCCCGAGCACAUCCAAACUUCGUUGCCGGCACAAACCCACAAUCGGUCAUCCUGCUUUCUCCUCGACGCGUUUAACAAAUCGGAAAGCAGGCCGGAAUCUAUGAAGAUAAUUACCGAAUUUCGUAACCAAAUACGUUCUAUUGAAAAGACAUUGCCUCUGCCGGGAACAGUGCUGCAAUCUUCAAAGACAAACAACGGUAAUCUAUCCCUACCUCCGUUGAUUGGUCCCAAGGAUGCGCCGAAGCCAGUUGAAUUGAUUCUUAACGCAUUGUCCUUUAUGGUGGCCAAGAAUUUACAGACACAGUAUCCACUCUACCGUUUUAUGUGGACUUGUCCGCUUUGCCAGCGGUCCUUCGAAAAGCAUUGUCCAUUUCGAAUGCACCUGACUAGCAAGCAUGAAUUGAGCCAGGAACAAUUAAAUAGUCUUAAAGUGAUGUUAAUGCCAUACAAAAUUCUGUCCCAGGAUUCUUCAAACUGUGAACCUAAACAAGAGCAUGUGCCAUUGGCAACGCUUGUGGAAUCGAAGCCACAAAUGCCAGAAUUUUCUCCAAAUCAAGACAAGACUGUUAAUUUGCCAUUUAUCAUAAACAGUACCGAACCUAUUGCUCCUUCGGGAGACCAUCCUUCUUUUAACAAAGAAGAAACUUCCCCAAAGAAAACUCCUGAUAAGACAACUGUCUCGAGGAAGUCAAGGAAGAAUCAAUUAAAAAUGGCGCAGUUUCAGUGCACGGAGUGCUCCAAAGUAUUUACUACUUUUGGGGCCCUACGUAUCCACAAGACAAUCCACACGGGGGAGCUGCCGCAUAAGUGUAACUAUUGUGACAAACGCUUCCGUACUCCUGGACAGGUUCGAGUGCACCACCGUCGUCAUACAGGGGAAAAACCAUUUAAAUGCAAGGUCUGCUCGUUAGAUUUUACUCACCGGGAAACUCUGAUUUCCCAUCUAUCGCGCCAUAUUGGAAUGAAGCGUUAUAAAUGCUAUGGAUGCGAUAAAUACUUUGUAGUUGUCAGCGGCUUACGAGCCCAUCGUCGCCUUCGUCCAGACACUUGUGGGAAAGUGAAAUUCACAGCUCGUGCCCACGGCCCGCGGGUGCGGGUCAUCAGGGGAGAGGUGGUGUUCGAACAUCACCCAGAACACAAUGGCUACCUCCGCAGUGAGGAUCCGCUCAACAUUUUGUCCCAACGUGAUCAGAACGACUCAAGCCCACCUGAUGUAAAAUAAUAAGCUAACUGUUAUGUUUUUUAUACCACUUUAUCUUUACCAUUUUGAUAUAUUUCGUGUUUUUAAAAAAUGCGAUAAGAAAGAAGUAGAAUCUUAAUCAAUGCCAUGAAUUUUAUUUGUUUAUUUUAAAUUUGAUUUAUAUUCCAACAAAACCCAUGUACAUAUAAAUUAUAAAUAUAUUUGUUUAUGAAAACGUA